CAGUGUGUGUUCCACUAUGGACCGCGAAAGGGCUGACUGGCACAGGACAAAACGAGAGAGAAAAGCUCACAUGCUGCAGAAUGUCGGAUGACAGGAGUACUAUGCUGCACAUCCUUGAGGAGCCUCGGAUGAGGGAAGAAGUGGAGAGACUUCGGACCUUCCAGAACUGGCCUGCAGAUGCACCCGUGGCUUCAGGAGACCUGGCUAAGGCGGGCUUCUUCUUCCUGGGUUCUGGGGACAAAGUUCAGUGUUUCUGCUGUGGAGGGGUUUUAAGGUUCUGGGAGCAGGGUGACAGCCCAGCCGUUGAGCAUAAGCGUCAUUUCCCUACUUGCAGCUUCAUACUGGGUCAAACUGUAGGGAAUAUUCCACUGACGGUGGGCUCCUCAGACUCUGUGGAUGGCCAGCUGUUGAGUCAGCUCCAGAGGAUGACUAUGGAUGAUCAGGGAACAGCUGGACAAGCAGUAUACCCCGAGAUGGAGACAGAGGACUCUCGACUUACCACUUUCCACAACUGGCCCACUGAAGCCUCGGUGCAGCCAGAUGUUCUGGCCCAAGCAGGGUUUUUCUACACAGGUCAUGGUGACAAUGUCAAAUGCUUCUUCUGUGAUGGAGGACUGAGGAACUGGGAGCCAGGGGAUGACCCCUGGCAGGAACAUGCCAAGUGGUUUCCAAGAUGUGAGUUUUUAAUCCAGUCACGAGGGCAGGAGUACAUCAGCAACAUUCAGGAUGCUCAUUUCCACCUGGGUGAUACUAUGGGAGGAUCUCAGACUUCCACAGGCAGAGACGUUGGUGGGAGAAAUGAUAUGGUCGGAGGUCUGGGAGCUUCAUCAGCCAUGCUCUCUCCUGUUGUGCAGACUGUGCUGCAGAUGGGGUUUGAAGCUGGCGUGGUGGAGAGUCUGGUCCAGACCAAGUACCUGCUGACAGGCCAGUACUACACCUCAGUGUCUGAGCUGGUUACUGAUGUUCUGCGAGCAGAAGAGGAGGAGAGGCAGGCAGGGCCAAACAGCAGAGAGCAAGAGAGGAGCCUGGGAUCCAGUGCAGGAAACGUGAGGACCGAGACACCCGUCCCAAAGAGAGUAAUGGAUCAAAGUCCUGAGGAGCUGCUCAGGCAGCUGCAGGAAGAGAGAACUUGUAAAGUCUGCAUGGACAAGUUGGUAUCCAUUGUCUUCAUCCCCUGCGGUCACCUGGUGGUCUGUGGCGAUUGUGCCGCCAGCCUGCGUCACUGCCCCAUCUGCAGAGCUGUCAUCAGAGGCAGUGUUCGUGCUUUUAUGUCUUAAGGCUGUAGUUAAAAACUGCCACUGCACUGGUGUUCCACAGAUUCCCCUUGAAUUUGCACUGCCUGCAAUCUUCAGUGAAUUUAUAAAAAUAAGGAGUGCUGGUUUUAUAAUGUUAUACAAUAAAAUUUUUAGGUUUAA